UGUGUGUAGCCAUGGCAUGUCCUACCCCAUAGCUGGUAAUGUGAAGACCUACAAAGCUAAAGAGUACAAUGUGGACCAUCCUGUUGUGCCUCAUGGUCUGUCGGUGGUGGUGACGUCUCCAGCUGUGUUCUCCUUCACCGCCAGCAUGUGUCCAGAGCGCCACCUAGAGGCAGCUGAAAUACUGGGGGCUGAUGUCAGUAAUGUGAAGAGGGCUGAUGCUGGCCUCGUCUUGGCUGAUACACUCAGGAGCUUCCUCUACGACCUGCAGGUGGAUGAUGGGUUGUCAGCGUUGGGAUACGGAACCAAUGACAUUCCAGCUCUGGUGAAGGGCACUCUACCCCAGCAACUGUACAGCAAGUGUCUGCUAUACAGGAUGUUUACUGCGAUGUGCAAUAAUGUGUAUUUGCGUAUUUAUGAGAGCUGA